AUGUCGCUGACCAUUGGCAUGAUGGAUUCGAUCGUCCGCCCUUCCUUGGACCCCAAUUCGCAGCGGUGCCGGGACAACAUGCGGAUCUCAAUUCCGGAGGAUGCACAGGAUGCUUAUCCGCCCGAGUCGGUGCAGAUUCGCAAUACUUUCAUACAUGUGGCCACCCCGAACCAUGAGGUGGAGGACGCUUCGAAGCAUGUCUUUUCCUGUCCUGCCAGCACCAUUGGCUGGAUUCAGAAGCUGUUUGAGGAGGAUGACGCCGCCGAGCUUCAGCCCAUCAGCACAAAGCAGAGCAGCAGACCCGUGAUUUGCCUCGAAGAUGCCCUCUUCGAUGCUGUUGCCCACACGCCCUAUGCCUACGAUGCGUCUCACGGCCCUUUCUCGCAUGGGCGAGAAGAGCUGACGGAGCUGGGGGCACGGGGGCUGCCAGCGCAUCUCCCAAGCGGUGGCAACCCGAUGCACAGCUCGACAGGACUCCCGAGCAUUGGCUCUGCGAGUCACUACACGGGCGAGUGCCGGCCGUGUGCCUUCCUCCACGCGAAGGGCUGCGUAAACGGCACCUCCUGCUCCUUCUGCCACCUCUGCGACAAAGGUGAGAAGAAGAGGAGGCAGAAAGCCAAGAAGGCCAUGUUCCAAGGUCUCCAGGGCGGUGCGUGA